AUGACUUUGGGCUUCGUGUCCGGCUUUGCCAACGGCGCGCGACACACGGCGCUUGUCUUUCUUGCAGAAAAUGCACAUCGGCGUCCAGAGACCGUCCAGGGCUGGUACUUUUACAACAAGACCAAGUACUAUCGCAUGAUCCUCGGCGGUUUCCGGCGCGGCGGACAGACCGGCCUGCAGCUGGCGGGCUGGGUCGGCGGGUGGUGCCUGCUGGAUAUACUAACAGAGAGCGUGCGCUCGUACGUCGCUGAGAAACGGGGCGAGGAACGACCGCCGCACACCUCCCUCGACCGUCACGGCCUGGGGCACUGGUUCGACGGUGCCGUUGCAGGCGUGUCGACUGGCCUCAUUAGUGCUGUUGGAUGCAUCUUAUCUGCGCAUCGCGCGCGCCUCUGCAUCGGCAAAGUAUUUGUUUUGGCGCUCCUCGAGUACCCGACGCUUGUUAAAGUAUUCGAUCUGAUCCCCUGGAAGGGCCCCCUCAUCCUGCUGGGCCUCAUCCCAUCGGGCAAGGCGACCCUCUCUUCGCACCUCCACUUUCGUCUUCUGAGGCCGUCCAGUGACUCAUCGCAUCCCCAGAGCGAAGGAACAGAACCGUUGGAGAAACUACAGGUAACCUUUCUUUCCGAGCAGUCGAGGUACAGCCUACAGAAGGCUGCGACACAUUUGCGCUCGGGCGAACUUGUUGCCUUUCCUACAGAGACAGUGUACGGCCUGGGCGCGUGUGCCUUGCGGUCCGAUGCAUCAGAGCGCAUUUACGCUGCAAAAAACCGUCCGGCUGACAAUCCGUUGAUCGUGCAUAUCAGCGACACCCAUAUGCUACAGCAUCUUCUUCCCUCUUCCUUCCAGAUCAACGAGGCAUGCUGGGCGCUGAUGCAGGCGUUCUGGCCCGGUCCCCUGACUUUGCUGUUUCCCGUGGGCCGAACGUCCGAUGGAUCCCCUACGGUGCCUAGCACUGUCACAUGCGGACAGCCGACCGUCGGCGUGCGCAUGCCCUCUCAUCCCGUGGCCCGCUCUCUGAUUGCACUCGCUGGAGUGCCAAUUGCUGCCCCCUCAGCGAAUGCGUCGGGCCGUCCAUCACCGACGGCAGCCGCUCACGUCAUGAACGACCUGGGCCCUCGCCACGUCCUUUCGUAUAUUGUUGACGGUGGUGAAUGCCAUGUGGGUGUCGAAAGCACCGUCGUCGAUGCUACGACUGUCCCUGGCGAGGUGCGCGUACUCCGCCCCGGUGGCAUCACCGUGGAGCAGCUGUCAGAGGUGCUUCGCCCUUUUCCAUCCAUAUCAUUGAGGGUCUACGGUAAAGAUCUAGCUCGGAGUGCUGUUCAGGAAGCAGCACCCACAACGCCAGGCAUGAAGUACAGACACUACUCACCAGAUGCUCGUGUCUUGCUUGUUCGUGAUGGCGCGCAAACGGACCCGAGCAUUUCGCAAGUAAUUGAAAGCACUGCGUCGUCACUCGGAAGGGAACGAGAUAUGCGCGUUGGCCUCAUGUUCGCCCUAGACUCACCACUACUACGGAGCCUUGAUGUGCCCGCGAUCCUCCAAUGGGCCCAAUCCGAUCCCCCGGACCGCCUUUCGCCGGUGGAACGACUCCCUGGUUUGCAAUUGUGUCUGUAUUCGUUGGGUCAGCGGUCCGAGCCCGACGUAGCAGCUCGGCGGCUCUUCGACGGGCUCCGUACUCUAGACGCCUGCGUGGCAUGGUCUGGGCAAGAAGGUGCUUGCGAUCUUAUCGUCGCAGAGGAAGUGGAUGAAGCAGGUGUGGGACUAGCCAUCAUGAACAGGCUGCGCAAGGCAGCUAGCAGUACCAUUCGCGUUUCAGUGCCGUAA